AUGUUGGUUUCCAAAGCAAAGGAGGAGCUUAUCAUUCUGGGAACCAACGCAAUCUCACGAAUGGGAUAUGAGCUCAAGAAGAGGUCGAAUAUGAAGGACGAUGAAGAAGUCGAGCAACAACGAAACCCAGCGGAGGAAAAUCCCGCAGCUGUCGUUGCUCGAAGAGUCUUCAUAGCACCCGGUCAAACAGGAUGUGUUGAUCUUCAAUGUAAAAGUCAAUGGUCCGAGGCAAUCCUCAACACGGAGGACGACAGAAUUCCGGAUGGUCUAUGCCAGAUUAACGCCGAGGGCAUUGCAAAGGUGGCGGUCGUCAACACCACCGAGGAGCCCAUAGUGAUGCAGAAGGGCGAGAAAGUAGGCAAAUGGGAAGACGUCUACUGGGACAAGGUCCGCCUCGAGGAUACGACAACCGAUCUUCUUUGUAAUCAAAGUGAACCAAUGUCGGAGAAUGAGAGACUGAAGACUAUAUUCAGUUUGCUGGUCAGGAACAGAGACGGACGAACGCUAUCGCUUAAAAUGCAGCAAAUUGUAGAAGAGAAGAAUCAGGUGUUUGCUGUCGAGGAUAGCGAGUUGACGCAGACUACUUUAGUAGCACAUGAUAUAGACACGGGAGACACUAAACCGAUAAGACAAAAAACGCGACCUGUUCCUAUAGGUACCCGCGAUGAGUUCAGGGAAAUUCUGAGCAGUCUGCUCCAAAGAGGAAUCAUCGAGCGGUCCACAUCUGAGUGGGCGUCGCCGGUAGUCCUGGUACGGAAGAAAGACGGUACUAUCCGUCUGUGUAUUGACUACCAAUUACUUGGUGGGCUCCAGCUGAUUAGAGAGGAGGUGCAAGCCAAAAAUGAGAAAUAUAGGGCCAAAAUGAAGGAAGUAUACGAUAAGCGCAAGAACGUGGACGUUCUUUCUCUUCCAGCGGUGGGGGGAAGAGUAUUCAUGAAACUACCACGAGAAAAGGCACGAGGGAAACAUCCCAAAUUGACUGUGGACUGGGAUGGUCCGUAUCGCGUAUUGCAAACUGACGAAACCUCGGCGCUAAUUACUAAAAUAGGCAGUAAUGAGGAUGCACUCAAAGUCCAGAAAGAGCAUGAGUUCGACGUUCCUGACGACGGUCAUAUCCUGCACGCGCAGUUCCGUUGCCGAGGGCAAGACUUCCCGGCGUUAAAAGGAGGGCCGAGCUUCACACUUGCGAGUUGUUGCCUGUCGAAGACGUUAACCGCAGGAGACUUGAUCACAGCAUUGCCUCAUCCGGCCAGAGCCAUGCCGAUUGAGUGCGUAUUGGAAGCUGCCCGAGUUUUCACGAUUUGGACCCAACCCGGCUCGCUGGCGCUGAAAGCACAGCGCAUUACUAACUUGGAGGAUAAGGUCAUUGACCCACGAGCACUGGGAUUUGCAUACGCCUUGUUCAGGAGCAAAUGCGCCCAUGUCAGCAACAUGGCGCGAGCCAUUGAGCCAGCUACGAUCAUGCGUCACGGUUCGUUGACGGGAGGAUGGCCGACGGUGCCGCGAAGAAUCUUCGAACUCGGCUGGCUCAUAGCAAGAAAAGUUGAUUGGAAAGAUUUCGAUUCAAGCUCGAUGUUGAAUCGUGUGCAUAAUCGCGUUCUUCUCGUUGUUCCCAUUGUGUUGAGAAGGAUGGCAUGGAUGUCGGGUGGCUGUCGCACACGCGUGUUCUACUAUGACGAGUUCUCAGCAAUUAAGACGAAGAAUGACAGCCUCUUCACAGACGAUCUUGGAGCCGUAGUCCUAGUUCUGCCGCCGGAGGAACCGCGAAAAGUCACCGCAUGGCUCGCGGCAAUGUCCGCUAUAGAUCUCUGGACGGCUUGUGGCACGACUGUAUACUUGGUGAACGGUCCAAGAACACCGAAUGUAGUGAGUUGGGAGCACGUGACUAUAAAAAUGAGAAGCCAUGUUUUGAACUAUGUGUCGGAACACCCAGAACGUGCGCAGCUCGUGGUGGAUGUUCUGCAACAGAGCAUCGGCAUUAUGGAUACACGGGCCGCUUGGGCCGCUGUGGGAAUACUAAGAAACGCAGAAGAAUGGAUGUCCGAAGAAAGUACCCGCACAUUCUAUCAGUUCCUGAGACUGCAGUUGGAACCCAUGCUUACAUUAGAAGAGCUUCGGUUGGCCACUUUUCGAGCGCACAAAAGGAGGGAGCCCGGACCGCCGGCCCUUCCAAAGGAAAGCUCUGGUGGGUUUCAUGGCGUAAAUCGUAAGCACAGGAGACGGGCGAUGAAUCGAUUGAGGGACAAGAUCCGGGCCACAACGCACAAGAUGCAGGAAUUAUGA